AUGAAUGGAGACCCGAAUAUUCAGCUUUUGGCUGUCCGACAGCCGAGAAAAAUGAGAUUCCCAGGCGACGGCUACGAUUUCAGAAGACCGAUUAUGGCAUCCGCAUCAACACCAACCUCCUCCCCUCCGCCCCCUCCGUAUCAGGAAAAUGUCAUUGAUUUGACAGAUGAGCCGGAUAACAUUCUGUCAGACAGAGGCCCUCAAACGCCUCUAAGACAACCAGCAGGCCGUAGAUCACGCCCACCGCGAUUCGGAAGAAACAUCAUGGCAGAUGUUGUUGAUUUGGAUGAAGAGUCAUCAACUGUAAACGAGCCCAAUCACUUUUCGAGCCCAGAAGUACAGUUCUUAGGCACUCAAAUACGCCCAGCAGAAGAAACCCGCCAGAAUGGGAUUCGUCAUCGAAAUCAAGACGCGCCUCCCCACUUAAGAGGCUCGAGCCUUGUGGAUAUGAUUAGGAGAAUUCGCGGGAGCGGGCCCCCUUCGUCAUACCUCCAGCGGCAGGAAACAAUUCGAGAAGAAAUGGGCCUCAGGAACCGUAACCUUGCGCGUGCCCUUCCUACCAACAUUGCUCCGUUUUGGAUCGGGGAACAGCCCAUUCAGGGCGAAUUAGAAGAUGAUUUCCCCAUUGAGUUGGAUUACAGGACGACUGGAUUUGGUGCCGGCGAGACACGGCGAACGCCAGCAUAUGUGGCUCCAGCAGCUCCACCUCCAGGUUUUACAAGGACUGUCGGGGAGAAUGAGAUUGUGGUUUGUCCAAACUGUGACCAUGAGCUAGGGACCGGCGAUGAUGCAGUGAGGAAACAGAUAUGGGUGGCUAAGCCAUGUGGACAUGUUUACUGUGGUCAAUGUACGAAAUACCGAGCCCGCUCAAGAAAGCGAACAGACAGUGCCAGCUCACCAAAAACAAAACCAUUUGCAAAAUGCGUGGUGGCCGACUGUGGCAAAACAAUUAGCCAACCACGUGCGAUGUUUCAAAUCUACCUCUAG